GUUUUAUAAAUCAAACUGUUGUCAAAACAGAAGGCAGAAAACCUCUUAGAAAACAACAACUUGGAGGGUUUGGAAAGGCAGAAGACAACUUUACUUUUGAAGUUUCACCCAACAAUGGACUACACGAUUAUAUUCUACUCUGUUCUGUUGUCGUAGAACACCGCAGUUCAAAAUGAACGUGUUGAAAAUGAGGAAAGCCGUAUUAAAAGAAGCGGUUAAACGCUUUCCAUGGCUUGCCAACGUUACUCUGUAUGGCUGCCUGUUUGCCGGCGGCGACUUUGUUCAUCAGAUGAUCGCACAAAGAGAAGAGAUGGACUGGAAACACACCAGAAAUGUUGCCAUAGUGGCCAUCAGCUUCCAUGGAAACUUUAAUUAUUUCUGGUUGCGGGCUUUGGAAAGCCGUUUCCCGGGAAAAUCUCCCGGAAUGCUCUUCCGCAAACUGCUCCUGGACCAAAGUUUUGCAUCACCCUUGGCAACGAGUGUCUUCUACACAGGAGUGAGUUUCUUGGAGAAUAAAGACGACGUCUUCGAGGACUGGAGAGAAAAGUUCCUCAACACGUAUAAGACUGGACUCAUGUACUGGCCUUUCAUGCAGUUCCUAAACUUCAUCCUGAUGCCUCUGUAUCUGAGGACAGUCUUCAUGGGCUGCUGUGCGUUCCUGUGGGCCACCUUCCUGUGUUUCUCCCGGCAGAGCGGGGACGGUACGGCCAGCGUGGCUCUCGCCUUCGUCCUGUAUCCCAAGCAGAGGCUGCAGGCCGCCCGGGAGGCCCACCUCGCCCGCAACAAACAGAAAGAAGAGGAGGAACAGCAGCAGAGCACUGGCAACUAAAUCAAUUGGUUCAAUGGGAUUCGAUUCAAUUCAGGAAACAGAAAACAGAAGAGGACCUGAGCACUGAGAACUGAACUGAAUUGGUUCAAUGAGAUUCGAUUCAAUUCAGGAAACAGAAAACAGAAGAGGACCUGAGCACUGAGAACUGAACUGAAUUGGUUCAAUGAGAUUCGAUUCAAUUCAGGAAACAGAAAACAGAAGAGGACCUGAGAACUGAACUGAAUUGGUUCAAUGAGAUUUGAUUCAAUUCAGGAAACAGAAAACAGAAGAGGACCUGAGCACUGAGAACUGAACUGCUAAAAAUGUUAUUUCAAUUGAAUUUCAACAAAACGUUGUUAUAUCUCCCUGUCGUCAAGGGCAACAAGGCAAGGAACGAGGGCUUGGUUAGAGGGUGAGAACACAACGUCAUCAUGUGAGGCCAGGGCAGGCUCUCACACCUUACAAAAAACACAUAGUGAGAACUGAAUCAGUUGGAUUGAACGUACCUUUAUUGAUAUCCUCAGGGGCAAGGAGGAGUGAAUAUAACUUUAUUGAUAUCCUCGGGGGCAAGGAGGAGUGAAUAUAACUUUAUUGAUAUCCUCAGGGGCAAGGAGGAGUGAAUAUAACUUUAUUGAUAUCCUCAGGGGCAAGGAGGAGUGAAUAUAACUUUAUUGAUAUCCUCGGGGGCAAGGAGGAGUGAAUAUAACUUUAUUGAUAUCCUCGGGGGCAAGGAGGAGUGAAUAUAACUUUAUUGAUAUCCUCGGGGGCAAGGAGGAGUGAAUAUAACUUUAUUGAUAUCCUUGGGGGAAAGGAGGAGUGAAUAUAACUUUAUUGAUAUCCUCGGGGGCAAGGAGGAGUGAAUAUAACUUUAUUGAUAUCCUCGGGGGCAAGGAGGAGUGAAUAUAACUUUAUUGAUAUCCUCAGGGGCAAGGAGGAGUGAAUAUAACUUUAUUGAUAUCCUCGGGGGCAAGGAGGAGUGAAUAUAACUUUAUUGAUAUCCUCAGGGGCAAGGAGGAGUGAAUAUAACUUUAUUGAUAUCCUCAGGGGCAAGGAGGAGGCAUCGUUGGAGCACAGUUAUAUAAUUUAAGCCUACUGUACAUAUACAAAUACAUCCAUCUAUUGCAAUGCCAGCAACACGUACAGUGGGGCUAAUACCUCCACCUAAUACUAUACCAGAAACACGUACAGUGGGCCUAAUGCCUCCACCUAAUACUAUACCAGCAACACGUACAGUGGGCCUAAUACCUCCACCUAAUACUAUACCAGCAACACGUACAGUGGGCCUAAUGCCUCCACCUAAUACUAUACCAGAAACACGUACAGUGGGGCUAAUGCCUCCACCUAAUACUAUACCAGAAACACGUACAGUGGGCCUAAUGCCUCCACCUAAUACUAUACCAGAAACACGUACAGUGGGCUAAUACCUCCACCUAAUACUAUACCAGAAACACGUACAGUGGGCCUAAUGCCUCCACCUAAUACUAUACCAGAAACACAUACAGUGGGGCUAAUACCUCCACCUAAUACUAUACCAGCAACACGUACAGUGGGUCUAAUGCCUCCACCUAAUACUAUACCAGAAAUACGUACAGUGGGCCUAAUGCCUCCACCUAAUACUAUACCAGAAACACGUACAGUGGGGCUAAUACCUCCACCUAAUACUAUACCAGCAACACGUACAGUGGGGCUAAUACCUCCACCUAAUACUAUACCAGAAACACGUACAGUGGGCCUAAUGCCUCCACCUAAUACUAUACCAGAAACACGUACAGUGGGGCUAAUACCUCCACCUAAUACUAUACCAGCAACACGUACAGUGGGCCUACAUUACAGACGUUACAUCACUGAUUCAAUUCAAUACAACUUUAUCAAUCCCGUCUGGGGCAACCCAGAAAACACAGUCGGACACGGAACACAUUACUUACAGAGAGAAGGUGUCAGAUGUUGUGAUUUGCAGGGAUGUUCCUCACAGAGAGGAGGUGUCAGAUGUUGUGAUUUGCAGGGAUGUUCCUCACGGAGAGGAGGUGUCAGAUGUUGUGAUUUGCAGGGAUGUUCCUCACAGAAAGGAGGUGUCAGAUGUUGUGAUUACAGGGAUGUUCCUCACGGAGAGGAGGUGUCAGAUGUUGUGAUUACAGGGAUGUUCCUCGGGGAGAGAAGGUGUCAGAUGUUGUGAUUUGCAGGGAUGUUCCUCACGGAGAGGAGGUGUCAGAUGUUGUGAUUUGCAGGGAUGUUCCUCGGGGAGAGGAGGUGUCAGAUGUUGUGAUUACAGGGAUGUUCCUCGGGGAGAUGAGGUGUUAGAUGUUGUGAUUUGCAGGGAUGUUCCUCAGGGAGAGGAGGUGUUAGAUGUUGUGAUUACAGGGAUGUUCCCCAGGGAGAGGAGGUGUUAGAUGUUGUGAUUUGCAGGGAUGUUCCUCGGGGAGAUGAGGUGUUAGAUGUUGUGAUUUGCAGGGAUGUUCCUCGGGGAGAGGAGGUGUUAGAUGUUGUGAUUUGCAGGGAUGUUCCUCGGGGAGAGGAGGUGUUAGAUGUUGUGAUUUGCAGGGAUGUUCCUCAGGGAGAGGAGGUGUUAGAUGUUGUGAUUUGCAGGGAUGUUCCUCAGGGAGAGGAGGUGUUAGAUGUUGUGAUUUGCAGGGAUGUUCAUCAGGGAGGAGGUGUUAGAUGUUGUGAUUUGCAGGGGUAUUUCUCAGGGAGAGGAGGUGUUAGAUGUUGUGAUUUGCAGGGGUGUUCCUCGGGGAGAGGAGGUGUUAGAUGUUGUGAUUUGUAGAGAGGUUCUUCAGGGUGUGUAUUUGAUGUUCAUGUAUAUGUCAAAUGUGUUUAUUCUAUGCUCUCAAUUUCUAUGUCCCAUCGGUUGUGCCUUCUGUUGGUAACAAGAGCCCUUCAUGUUCUGCUCUAGAUUUAGUUAGUUCUUACUCCGAGAAACUGUGUUUUUGUGUUGUUGUUUUUUUUUUGUGUGUGUGUGUGUGUAUAUAUUUAUACAUUACCAGUAAAAAGUUUAGACACACCUAUUCAUUCAAGGGUUUUUCUUUAUUUUUACUAUUUUCUAUAUUGUAGAAUAAUAAUGAAGACAUGUAACACAUAUGGAAUCAUGUUGUAACCAAAAAAAAAUGUUAAAGAAAUCUAAAUAUAUUUUAUAUUUUUGAUUCUUCAAAGUAGCCACCCUUUGCCUUGAUGACAGCUUUGCACACUCUUGACAUUCUCUCAACCAGCUUCACCUGGAAUGCUUUUCCAACUGUCUUGAAGGAGUUCCCACAUUUGCUGAGCACUUGUUGGCUUUCCUUCACUCUGCUGUCCAACUCAUCUCUUUGCUUAUUUGAGCUGUUCUUGCCAUAAUAUGGACUUGGUCUUUUACCAAAAAGGGCUAUCUUCUGUAUACCACCCCUACCUUGUCACAACACAACUGAUUGGCUCAAACGCAUUAAGAAGGAAAGAAAUUCCACAAAUUAACUUUUAACAAGGCACAGCUGUUAAUUUCAAAUGCAUUCCAGGUGACUAACUCAUGAAGCUGGUUGAGAGAAUGCCAAGUGUGUUCAAAGCUGUCAUUUGUUUAACACAACAUUGGUUACUACAUGAUUCCAUAUGUGCUAUUUCAAAGAUUUUUAUGUCUUCACUAUCAUUCUACAAUGUAAAAAAAAAUAUUAAAAAUUAAAUUAAAUCCGUAGAAUGAGUAGGUGUGUCCCAACUGUUGACUGGUACUGUGCUGUAUAACUCAUCUCCAGAUUGACCAUCGAAGGAUAAAGUGCUACCCUGUCCUGUUA